UUUACUUAUUAUCACUAAUACAUGCUGGUUACCCUGACAAAUUGUACAUAUUUUUCUUUUUUCCGCAGGUUGUUGUGCUUCAGGCUACUGAGUUCUGGUUAUGUUCAUCCGCAUUAUGUCAAGAGUUGUGUUUUCUUUCAAUUUUUGAUUAUAUACGUUUUGUGAAUACCAUGUUUUUAGUCAAAGUACCCAGAUAUUUGACCAAGAAGGCAAACAGUGUACCAUGUCUUCUCUAUCAUAAAAAUGUGAUUGAUCAUUAUGAAAAUCCUCGUAAUGUUGGAUCUUUAAAUAAAAAUGACAAAAAUGUUGGUACGGGAUUGGUCGGUGCUCCUGCUUGUGGUGAUGUCAUGAAGUUACAGAUCAAAGUUGAUGAUGAUGGUAGAAUCAUUGAUGCUAAAUUUAAGACAUUUGGUUGUGGAUCUGCAAUUGCUUCCAGUUCACUAGCUACAGAAUGGGUUAAAGGAAAAACUGUUGAUGAGGCGUUGUCUUUGAAAAACACAGCAAUUGCUAAAGAACUCUCUCUUCCUCCAGUGAAGCUUCAUUGUUCAAUGCUGGCAGAGGAUGCUAUUAAGGCAGCAUUAUCUGACUAUCGCAUUAAACAACAAGAGAAGAAAAAAUCUAAAGAAGAUUAGUAAUCAUAAUUUUAACAAAUAAGAUUUGUAUUAGUUCAUAAAAUUUUCAUACUUAGUUACAAUUGUUCCAAUCAAUUAUUUAUAUUAGUUUUUAUGUGAA